AUAUGAUUGAGCAAAAAGCUCAAGUGGAAGCUAAACUUGAGGCUAAAGGUGUCGAAGCAGAGAGGGCCAUUGAAAUGUCGGAGCGUGAAGUUCGUGUGUAUUGUUCUCAGCGGUCGUUGGCGGCAAUUCAUGAACGUUUGGACGAACAAAAGACGUUAGUCGAGGAAGCUAAACAGAGGAAAGCCGCUGAAAAGAUUGCUACUGCCGAAAGCCAUCGCCCAGAAGCACAAGAAUCUUUGCCUGGACACUUACAGCAAGCGACCGAACGCAGUGACUAUCACAGACGCUCCGAUGCAACUAAUACCGAUUUAACUUAUUUGGAGGGAUACGAUAUGCCGCCCCCUACAGGAGAGUCUUACCAUAAUCGCCGACGUCAUAGUACUGAGCUGCAGGAGCGUGGUCGUACUGAGCGAGUUGAAAGUGAUGUGGAUCAUGACUGGAGGUCCAAUGAAUCAGCGCGCAUUGAUAACGAAAUCAGCGAUUACCAUUCUAGGGGUGCUCAUCAAUCUGGGUCCAUAGACCGUUUGCAUGCUUCACGUAGACAUCCAUCUAAUACGAGCCGUGAGACCUGCCAGAACGAAUAUCGUGACCAGAGAGAUCGGUGUACAACCUACAAAGAGUACCGAUUUCGUGAUUACAUCUUACACCCCGACGAUCUUCUAUCUGAACACUCAGCCUCGGGACGUUCGCCUGAAGAUUGGCGCGAUUUUCUUACGCAUACGAGUUCCAGACCAGGAAGUCCCGUCGAGAAAGAUCGGGAGAGCCCGUUGUCCGUUGCACGUGUGGACUUAGGAGAGCUUGAACCCUCAAACAUUUUCGGCAAUAGCAGAAACCUGGAUCAAGGCUUAUCGGCUGAAGAUCACAAUCGUUUAUUCUGAGUUGAUAUCGCAAAGUAGUUAUUAUCGCUGAUAGUUAAAAAUUAUUACCAUUCUCUGUUAAGAUUAUGGUUUAAUCCUCCAAUUUUAUCAAUAUAUCUACAUAUGUAUUUCACACAGACCGGUAGCAAUUGGCAAUUUUUCUGAGAAAAAAAUAUAGCCAAUCACACCAACGCAAAAAAAUUAAUCAAAUAGUUGCAAAAAUGAUUAGAAGGGUAACUAAAAGAAGCUUAUAAGGAUGGCUUCCAGCAAAAUUGCUAUUCAAAUUUCUUUUAUUUAACCAAUAGAAUUGAAUAAGCCUACAUGAACGAACAAAAACGGUCGUUGUCUAACUCGAUGUGGUUAUGUUAUUAAGGG